AUGGCUCAAGGCUCCAGCCCAGCCUCUCCAUCCACCCACUCCCCCUCGCACUCCCUCGCCGCAGCCGCAGCGCUCAACGCCGGAAUCCACAACGAAGAAGCCCGCCGCUCGCCCGGCAGCUCCGCGCGCAAUCCCAGCUUCGACAACGCGCGCCGAAGAUCCAGCAUCCGCAUGAACCUGCACCUGAACGACCCCGGCGUCCCCGGCCCUGGCGAGCUACAGAUGAGCCCUGGGCUGCGCCAUAGCAUGACAUGGGGAGGAAGUCCCCGGCACGAGCGGACGCCGAGUCUGGGGGAGCUGCAUCAGGAACUGGAGAGCGAGCAGGAAGGGCAGGUGGUGCGUUACUCCAGCGCCUCCCUAGCAGCUUCACCGAAGCCAGCUGUAACUGGCCCAAUCGCUAACAACGGCUCCCAGAACCGCCUCCUAAGCAUGAUCCGCGCGCAACAAGCCCAGAUCGCGGCGCUCCAAUCCAGCCAACCCUCUUCCUCGGCCGCCGUCGUCGACGACAGCACUCCAACUUCGGAGCGCUCCCUCUCCUUCCCCUCGCACGCACCUCACCCGGCGACGGCCCACCCCACUACGACCGUCCCAAUCCCGCGCACCCGCUCCCCAGCCCCCUACGCCCCCUCCCGCAACCCGAGCCAACAGCACACCUCCAUAUCCCGCACAAGCAGCCACGCCUCGAACUCUCCGGCACUGCACCCGCUGCACCCGCACAGCAGCCACGGCGGCGAGGACUUUCUGCUCGGCCUGCCCGCUGCGAGGGAUAGAGACGAUGCGGCGUACUACCAGGCGGAGACGCAGAGUCUGGUGCGGGAGAACCAGAUGCUGAAGCUCAGAAUCAGGGAGCUGGAACGGUUGGUGGGGGAGAUGAACACGGCGAGUGGGGGCGGAGGGCAAGGGGGAGCUGGGGGACAUGACCCUGGGAGGUCGAGUAAUUUGGUCAGUGCGCCGGUGGAGUCGUCGGAGGGGGAGAGCGGGGCGGGGGCCGAGGGCAGAGAAGGGGGUGGGGGAGAGUGA